ACGGAAAACUACUGUUGUGGCGUCUUGUUUCGCGUACCGUAUCGCACUAUGAAUAAAUAUUAUUUAUCCUUCCUAUUGGCAAAUUUAUUGAAGUGAAAUUAAUAAACAUGCCGAAACCAACUUGUGUUCAGUGCGGCGCAAAUGAUUCUCUCCUCUGGCGAAGUGCAGAAAACGGACAAAUCUGCAACGAAUGUCACCUCUCUAACACUGCUACAAAAGAAGGAAGCCCACCUUUUACGUUCAAAACUGAAGUGGAAGUUAAACGCGAGGAUAAAGACGAACCAGAAACUAAAAAUGAAAAGACUGAGGGUGAGACUACACCCGCAAAAGCGACUGGGAAAGGUACUAGGAAGAGUACAAGAGCGACUCGAUAUAAGCCAAAGACCCCCGCGUCACUGGCUCCUAAAUCCACGGCGCCUCGCGGAAGAGGCCGCAGAAGCAUCUUCAAGAGACAGCCUUUGAAGGCGCCGACAGCCACAGCAACCGUUGUGACCAGUGAUUCAGUAUUUUAUAAGGGCAAUUACAUGCAAGUGGGCGACAUAGUCUCAAUGAUCGAUAUUGACGGAGGCACCUACUACGCUCAGAUCCGAGGCUUCAUGACUGACCAGUAUUGCGAGAAGAGUGCUGUUGUCACAUGGCUGUUGCCAACUAAAGCCAGUCCCCCUCCAGAGAGUGGGUUUGACCCUGCUACUUACAUUAUUGGUCCAGAAGAAGAACUGGCCAGGAAGCUAGAUGUAAUGGAGUUUGUGAUGCAUGCUCCUUCAGACUACUAUAAGGCUAGUAACAGCCCAUAUCCUCUGACUGACAAUGAGGUCAACAACUACUCUGGAUAUAUUUGGACAUCACUUGAGCCUAGAGAAAGGACAUAGAUUUUAAUUAAAGUUUUUUUCUUAACUAAA